AUUAUGAGAAUAUUUGAUGGCUUUUAUUUUUAAAAACAAAACCGGAAGUUGUCACAGCUUGUUUCACAUACACACCCUGCGUGCAUGUGCCAAGCAUCGGCAUAAACCUGUAGCUUUAAGAGGAGGGGGCGUGUCUUUUCUAGGGCUGUCCCUUUAUUUGAAUAUACAGUAGUUAAGCGGGGCUGGCGUCUGGUUGCGUCGCAUGUUUUUCUCUUUUCUGAGAGAAGCACCAGCGUGACGUGGGUUUUUUUAGUCGGCGGAAAUACUCAUGACCUAUGUCUCUUUAACAUUUGAAUGAUAUCAUCCAGCUAGGAAGGCGUCUUCUCCGCCGCAUGCAGAAACAGAGCAGUGGAGAGGAACUGCUCGCAACCAGGAAUAUGGACUUGCACAUAUUGGACCACAGGCUGAGGGUCACCAGUAUAUCCAAGAAUGGUCUGGUGAAUUUCACACACCCACUGAUAAAGCUGAUAUUUCUCCGGAACAGGACACGAUGCAAGUUCUUUAGUCUGACUGAGACUCCAGAGAACUACACAGUUGUCCUUGACGAGGAAGGAUUCAAAGAGCUGCGGCCCUCUGAGCACCUCCAGGUAGAGAGCGCCAUCUGGCUGCCACUCAACGUGGUCUCUAAUGGCAGUGCCUCCAGCAGCUCUCAGGCUGUUGGCGUGACUAAGAUUGCCAAGUCGGUCAUUGCACCCCUUGCCCAGCAGCAUGUCUCUGUUUUCAUGCUCUCCACUUAUCAGACUGACUUUAUCCUGGUGAAAGAGAAAGACCUGUCUGUGGUCGUCAGCACACUAGAGGAGGAGUUCAACAUCUAUAAGGAGGAGGGAGGAGAGUCUGUUCCUGUGCAUUGUCAGGAUGUUUCCAACGGCCUCCACAAGAACGGCAGAGAAGCCAUUCAGCCUACAGUUCACCCGGUUCUGAUCCCAAAGAACCAGUUUUGUGUCAUGUCCCUGGAUCCCGAUACACUGCCGUCCAUUGCCACUACACUCAUCGAUGUUCUCUUUUAUUCCAGCAGUCCUAAAGAGGACCCCCAGCCAAGUCCAAGCCAGGAUUGUGUUAAAUUCUUCUCCUUCUCCCUCAUCGAUGGAUACAUCUCACUGGUGAUGGACACUGAGGCUCAGAGACAGUUUCCGGCCGAUCUUCUCUUUACCAGCUCUUCCGGGGAGCUGUGGAGAAUGGUUCGCAUAGGAGGACAACCGCUGGGUUUCGAUGAAUGUGGUAUAGUUGCCCAGAUAUCGCAGCCUCUCGCCGACAGUGACAUCUCUGCCUAUUACAUAAGCACCUUCAGCUUUGACCAUGCUCUGGUCCCUGAAGAGGACAUAGUCAGUGUGACAGACAUGCUUCAGCACCAGAGGAACGAACCAGCCACCAGCUGAUUUCUGAAGGACUGAUAGUUCUUGAUGAUCUUGGUUCUUUAUGUCCUCUUGCUCCAGUUCUAACAGCUAGAGGUGGCAGGCCAGCAGAGAAGGAGACUAACUCUGUGCCUAGAUUAGGACUGCAUUGCCAGCAGUAUUAACUACUACAAAUUUGCCAUGAACACCGCAAGCGCUUUUCUGUGGUGCGUGCACACAGUUUGUAUGCGAGGCCUCCUGUUAUACCUGUCAAGGCAGGAUGCACAGGAUGAGCCUUAGGGGGUCCUCAAGCUGACAAAUGCACAUCACAGUACACAAACACUUGAAAACGGACACAACCACACUUUAGCAUUCAGUUUCACAAGCUGAAAUUGGCUUGAGCGUGUAUAAUAGACAUGUAUGGUCAGAAGAUGAAUUGUUAUUAAGAAUUGUUUUGCAGCAUAGACCAGAAUACACUCAACACACAUCUUAGUCUUCCAGUGUGGUGUUACAUUAUAAUAUCAUGUCAAAGCAACAGUUGUUUUGUUUGUGAGGGAUUUUUUUUUCUUCUUUUUUUCAUUUAAAGACCAUUUGCAAGUAUUGCUGUUUUCAUUUGUGUUCAACUGGAAGUGUGUAGCUUGAAACGCAACGCGGUGACAAACAAUCGUUUGUAAUUAUCAUGCAAAAAUACAACUGAGAAUUUUUGGUUUUGACAACAGAGCUCACUUGUUCUGGUUUGAGAAGAAAUAUGUUGAUUCUUGUGUCAAAACUACCACAAUCUCUGUAGGGGGUGACCAUUUCUCCUUUUUUUAAAAAAAUAAAUAAAUAAUGGGUCAGCAUUUCUUAACCUGAGGUCAAUAACACUAUGUCUUAUUUUUUGUUUUUGUUUUUUUUGCACAAUAAACUUUGUAUCUAGCUAAUAUCACUUAGAUCGUUUUUCGGUGGUACAAAUGCAUUUUAUACAAUUUGAAGUAAAAUUCUUUUUGUGCUGCUUCAGUUAAUAAAAGUUCUUCAAAAUAA